AUGUUCUUCACUUCACUUCAUGAGGCGGGUCCCAAAAGGACACUAAAGAUCUGUGAACUCAUCCGAAGACCUGUGACUUGGAUGAUAGCUUAAAGUGUGCGAAGGAUGCCCUGCCAGAACCGGGGCGAGUGAGAUCAAGGUAUGAGUACGGCUGAGUGAGUGCAUACGGGGUUUGAUCUUUCGUUAAAUGACCCAAGGUGGCAGAGGGUGUUUGUACCUUAAGCUAGGCCAGUCUCGGGGACCAGACGUUAGCACAAGUCCCGAAGGAUGUGCAAAAGGCGACGGAGUUGCAUCUAGCCAGGCAAUGCGAGGCAUUGGUGGUGGGGUGGAUUCAGAGAGGGCACAGUCGCACUGGCACGCAUGAUGGAGGGGGUUUUUUGACAAGAGAGAAAGGCAGCUUGUGGGGGCCCGAGGAGCGGGUCGAUUUCUCGGGACAUUGCAGCGAGGCCUAGAAUCCCUGAGGACAAGGUGAGUGAAUGAACGAGAGCGGUGAAAGGGCGUCUGAGUGUUGAGGGUGAGUGGGUUUGAGUGAAUGAAUGAGUGAGUGGGUGGGUGAGGGAGUGAAUGAGUGUGUACUGGAGGGACAAGUAUAGAUCACCUACGGUACUGUAUCCCUUCUUCCUCCUCCUUCCUAGGAAUAGCUACAAUACAGGAUGAUUCUGAUCAGUGCAUUGCUCCGCCCCCUUAGGAGUAGCCAUCCGUUCGCCCCGUCUGUUAGACAUAAUAGGAAUGGUAUGCUCUUGCUGCAGACCGCAAAAGAGGACAACUUGGAACAGGUGACGAACCGUUAGAUGCGUUGACCAAGCGUUGA